AGAUCCGCUCUGAGGGAGCAAAGAGCACGAACCCUCAGCUGUACGUGAAGUUAAACACUGACAGGAUAACAAUGGUGAGGCUCAGCCUGCAAAGGCUCAUAACAUGUCUGCUGUUAUCUUCAAUAACACAAAAGGCUACAUCAAACUUAGAUGAUGUUAACUUAAGAAUUAGCUUUGAUAAUUCUACUAAACUCAGAAUAUUGGCAUCAUCUAACAUCACUGGAGCUCCACAAUCCUCCACUUCAGCUAGAACUGAGAAUAGACUUUCAGCUGUUUCAUUGUCUUCAUUGUCAUCACCAUCUAUCACAGGGCUUCAGACAACCAGAGAUACAACUAUCACACAUACUGCUCACAGUACCAGCAAUAUCCAAACAGACAGGACCACUGACACCAGUGAUGCCACCAACGCAACCGAUACCACCAUCUCUACUGCUGGCAUUAUUAUCAGCACCACAGACUCAGAAACAACCAGUUCCAGCAGCAUCUCUACCACUAAAACUGGCUUUUCCACCAGCAACAGAAUCCCACAAACAACAGACUUAACUAGUACCACUAACAUUAUCUCUACUAGUAUUCCAACAAGUAACACAGCUUCACCAACAACCAGCUCAGCUGGUACCACCAACAUUAUCUCUACCACUGCAAGUAGUUUUCCAACCAGCUCAACUGGUACCAUCAUUGUCUCAACCACCACAACCAGCAGCACCACUCAGCAACAUGACAGACUGAGUCCAAAGGCUCUUAGUACAGGAAGUGUUGCAGUUAUUAUUUGUAUGUUCAUCCUUUUGGUCAUCCUGGUCCUGGGAGGGCUGUACUAUUACAAGUACAAACGACCAUCAUAUGGUCCUCUGCUGGAGAGCAGUGACUACGGCACUUUAGGAAAUUUCAGCAACCCGAUGUAUGACCCUUGAUUUCAAGUUUUCAGCAAUGUAAUCAGAGGUGUUGUCUUUAGCCUAACUUAAAUUAUCAAAGCUGAUGCCAUAAUGUAUAAAUAAAGGUUGAUUGAUAAUCCUAACUGUGACAAAAAAAUAUGAUUUAAAAAUAAGUAAAUUUAAUAUUUAUUUUAAUUUUAAAAAUUUCCACGAAGAUCACAAAGGUCUCCAACAGUUUGUGUCCUGUAAGCAUUUGGUCACCAUUUGUUUUAAAACCUGAACAAACACACGCACACACACACACACACACACACAUAAACACAUACACACAUAAAACAAGUCCAUAAUCAGUAUUCUGAUCAUGGCUGACUCAGGAUAUAAACAAACCCAGAAUCAGAAAUUGCAUGCGUCCUGAACUGCAUAAUUUAGGCUUUAAGAUUUUUGAUUUUUUUUGUUUUUGUUUUGUUGGUGUUGUUUGUUUUUUUAAGUGCUAUGUGUUGUCCUUAUUGUAUGUUCCCUACAAUUGCAAAAUUACUUCUCUGCAUUUAACCCAUUGCACCUGGGAUACACCCAGAUGGAGCAGUGGGCGGCUAUGUAGGCACCCAAAGAGCACCAUGACAUGGGAAUGGCUCGGGAUUGAACCUGGGACUUUCUGGUCCGGAGUAAGCUGCCCUGCCUCUACCCAAUAUCAGCCCUCACAUUUCUUUCUAGUAAUGACAAUAAUGUAGUAUCCUCAAUAAAGACGUUUCAAACAACA